CAUUCGCAUCUUUUUUAUUUUGUUUAAGACCUCUCUCCUCGUCACGCACUUCACUCUACUAGUACUAACUUCUUUCAUCAGUGUAUGGCUUAUCAAAUUCUGAGCUCUGAAUUACUCGCAAACUGUAAUUUAUCUGAAAGAGUGAAAAUUUUACUUGGAAAAUAUAUCGUCGUCUCUUAACUUUCAGAAUUUGGUAAGAGACAUUUCACAAUUUCUCAUCUCAAGUUUAAAACCCUUGUGUAUUCUCCCUUUCUAGAGACCAAAAUUGAGGUUCUUCUUGAAAUUCUCUCAAGUACUCAUGGGCUCAGUUGCUGAUAAGUCGGAUGAUGAAUAUUCAAUAAUUACUGAUAAAGGAGACAUCGGAUUUGUUGACUUUGACAGAUAUAAAUCAGCUUGUAGCUACAAUCCAAAUGGAGAGAGCGAGAUAGUUGUUAUAUCUGUUCCAUUUCCACUGAUCGGGGGAAAACCUAAAUCAGGAAUUGUUGGUGAAACUAUUGUCGAUUCAAUCACAAUAGAGAAUACCACUAAUGAUUCGCUGGAACUCUGGUCAAUUAAGAUUUAUGACUCGAAACCUGAGGAUUCGUUCACUCUAUCUCUGAUGAAACCACCAACUCCAUGUUCCGACAUGCAAUAUGUUCAAGAAUUCAUGGAGUCCUUUAGCUUAGAGGAUAGAAUGCUACGACCAGGUCAGACACUAACAGUGUGGUUGUCUUGUAAACCGAAAGAAAUUGGGUUGCACACAUCAGCUGUGCAUAUCAAUGUUGGCGAUGAGACCAUAGAAAGAUUGGUUUUUGUCCUGGCUGAGGAUAAGGUCUCGCAGUCACUGGCUUCGAGCAGGCCAUACUACAGAGACAGAAAGAAGAAAGCACCAGCAGUAGAUGUUUUUGCUCCUAAUGCAUUCGUUGUGGGUUCUCGUCCUACAAGGGCUCGAAAUCAAGGAUUCAGAUACAGACUUCCUUCAUAUCCCAUUCCUGGGGAUAUAAGGGAAAUGAUAGAGAAGGAACAGUUUCCUGAUGUUAUUGGGGAAGGUCUAAGAAGAGAUAAUUACAUUGUUUAUUUUAGAAUUUUACUAAAUAUUGAAGAAAUCAAGAUGGAGGAAGACAUGAGGGACUAUGAUAUGGAGUCCGCCACCAUGAAGCGAAGGGGACCUCAAUUUUUGUCCCUUGAUGUCCCAGGGCUAGCUGAGAGGAGGCCGUCACUUGUUUAUGGGGAUUAUAUCUUUGCAAGGCUAGCUACUGCAGAUGCAAGUGAGACCACCCCUUAUCAGGGUUAUAUCCACCGAGUUGAGGCGGAAGAAGUGUAUUUGAAGUUUGAUAAAGAAUUCCACAUCAACCAUGUUGCUGGAAAUCUUUAUAAUGUACAGUUUGCAUUCAAUCGUACAAGUGUGCGGAGGUUACACCAAGUCAUUGAAGCUACAGAAAGCUUAAAUGGAGAAAUUCUCUUUCCAUCAGGCAUAUCCAGAGCGAGACAUAUACAAGCUGCCAGACUGGCACCUAUUUCAUGUAUGCUUAACAAGGAGCAGACGACGGCAGUUGAAAAGAUCCUUGGGUGCAAAGGCGGAGCUCCAUACGUUAUCCAUGGGCCUCCUGGUACAGGCAAAACAAGGACUCUUAUAGAAGCUAUUCUCCAGCUACACAUUACGAGGAAAAAUGCUCGAGUUCUCGUCUGCGCACCUUCGAAUAGUGCCGCAGACCAUAUACUUGAGAAACUUGUCAGUCAGCAGAAUGUUGAAGUGAAGGACCAUGAGAUUCUUAGGUUGAAUGCACUCACACGUCCUCUAGACGACGUGAAUCCUAGUCACAUUCGCUUUUGCAAUGUUGAAGUUGAUGCCUUCAAGUGUCCUCUUCUCAGGGACCUUAGAAGAUAUAGGAUUAUUAUAUCUACAUAUGCUAGUGCAUCUCUUCUUUAUGCUGAAGGUAUUAAACGGGGACAUUUCUCUCACAUUUUCUUGGAUGAGGCAGGACAGGCAUCGGAGCCUGAAACCAUGGUUCCUCUGUCGCAUCUUUUAAGGAACGAGACAGUAGUUGUACUUGCUGGUGAUCCACUGCAACUUGGUCCCAUAGUUUUUUCAAAAGAUGCUGAAAAUUAUGGGUUGGGGACGUCAUAUAUGGAAAGGUUAUUUGAAUGCCAGUUAUAUGGUGAUCUCAACGAAAAUUAUGCUACCAGACUAGUAAGAAACUAUCGGUGUCAUCCAGCAAUUCUGCAGCUUCCCUCAGAAAUGUUUUAUGGAGGAGAGUUGAUCGCAUGUAAAGAAGAUGAUAAAGCUUCUGCUCAGACUUGGGUGGACCUGCUUCCAAACAAGGAAUUUCCGUUGCUUUUCAUCGGUAUCCAAGGUUGUGAUGAAAGGGAAGGAAACAACCCAUCAUGGUUCAAUAGGAUUGAGGCAAGCAAGGUAGUAGAGAUCAUAAGGGAUCUGAUAGAGAACAAAGGUCUGAAAGAGGAAGAUAUUGGGGUGAUAACACCUUACAGACAACAAGUACUGAAAAUACGAAAAGCCCUUGAGAGUUUCGAUUGGGCUAAUGUAAAGGUCGGUAGUGUUGAGCAAUUCCAAGGUCAGGAGAGAGAAGUUAUUAUUAUCUCGACCGUCCGAUCAACUGUAACACACAAUGAUUUUGAUAGAAUCCACUAUUUAGGAUUUUUAAGCAAUCCGAGAAGGUUUAAUGUUGCUGCUACAAGAGCCAGAUCGUUGCUUGUAGUUAUUGGGAAUCCACAUAUCAUCUGCAAGGACCCCUACUGGAACAAGCUUUUAUGGUAUUGUGCAGAUAAUGGCUCGUAUAAGGGCUGCUUCUUACCUGAAAGACUGGAGAUCCUUGAAGAGGAUUCUGGACAAGCAAAUAAUUGGUGUGAUGACGGGGCUCAAGAAAAUAACUGGGACUGUGAAGGAGCACAAGCAAAAAGUUGGGACUGCGAAGGAGCACAAGCUAAAAGUUGGAACUGCGAAGGGGCACAAGCUAACAAUUGGGAAGGAGCACAAGCUAAAAGUUGGGAUUGCGAAGGGGCACAAGCUAACGAUUGGGACUAUGAAGGGGCUCAAGCUAACAAUUGGGAUUAUGACCAAGCCAAGAAUUGGAACGACGGAGGCUCCUGCGAAAAUGUAGAGAAACAGAAUCUUCAGCCAUCUCCUGAGGUUCAAUGUGAUAUAGCUCACCAGUCAGAAUACAUCCCAGACCCUGUUAUGGAUGAAGCUGAAUGGUCUGAUGGCUGGAAAUAACUGCAGUAAUAGCUAAGAGGCUGAAAACUUUUGGAGGUUGUACUAACAAAUAGAUUUCACUCAGAUUCUGUACUAGGACAUGCAGUUUUUGCACUUCGAAAAAUUCAAGCUCCAAAAUGCCUUGUCAAAUUUACAUAAAGUGGUAAGGUGAAAAAUUCAAGCUCCACAUAUACGUCAACGUCAA